AUGGAAGGGGUUGAGCAACUGGACAACGGCAUCGCCGGUCCCGGCAUGGGGGCGCCCGUGGCCACGGGUCCGCAGCCCGACAGCCCGCGCACGGUGUGGUUCCGCGCGAACCGUGCCAAGCUGGAUGAGAAGGAGGAGGAGGAGAAGAAGGCCAAGGUGGCGAUCGAGGCGAAGGCCAAGGCCUACGUGAAGCAGUUCAAUGAGCAACGCCAGAAGGGCAUACAGGAACGGAAGGCGGCCAACAGGGCUGAAGAGCAGAACACAAAGGAAGUGACAAAGGGUCCGCAGAGCGGCAACACAUGGGAGGGCAUCGUUUCCCUGAUCAACUUUAAUCUGGGAGCUCAACAGAAGGACACUGCAAGGCUUCGAACGAUGUUGUUUCAAGCCCGAGAAAGCAACCUGCCCAUCAAGGAAGCUUAG